UGUCUUCAGUGUUCACAUCCGUCAUAGAGUGAAUUCAUUUUUACAUGCUGUCAAAACAGCCAGAAGCAGCCAAUCUGCGCUCAGCAAACGUGUUUACGGGCUCAGCAAGCAUAGUGCGACUGUGGAUGUCCUAGAUGCUGCGCGCGAACUUUCUGAAAAAGCAUCACACACCAGCAACAGAGUGUCCGCAAAAGACAAAUCCUUUAAGAUGAACACCGUCUCCCAAAUCGCCCCCGAAUCUUCGGAGUACACUGGCGAUGAGUUGACGGCACAGACAAACGUCUGUGGUAUAGAUUUCUCGUUUAAUAGAAAGACUACCGAGGAGGACACCAAGAAAAUUGAGAGCGUAAUUCGCCUUGUCGGUCCACAGCUGUACUACGACGAUGACACCAUGGAUGAAUCUGAGUCGGAGAGCGUCCGUGUUUUAAGAUCGAGAAAGAGCGACUUAUCAACCUACUCCUUUCAUUAUUGGGGUAUGGAAGCUUAUGCUACAACGGAAACUAGAUCGCCACCCGACAUCAGCGAAUCCAGAUCAUUCCCAUCUGACAAACCACCCUCUCAUAAAACGUCCUUUGACGUCCAUGCACGGGCGGACAGCCCGGAAGUAUUCCCCCGAGUGUCCAUCCAACGACGCAGAUCUCUCGACGGAUUAGUCCAAGCUGAUUCCGACCCCAUUCAGCGACACAAUCAACAUCGUGACGGUAUGACAAGAUCUACAUCUCCCGACGCUAGACCAGUCGCAUCGAGCUCGAGUGAAAACAAUAUAAACGCUAAUACGCUCCAGCAGGAGACAAUACAACAAAUCGCUGAGAUGAGCGCCGCAAAGACAUUGGAACUGUUCACACUUCAUGGUGAAUUGCCUGGUAGCCCGCCAAUUACCAACACCUACAACGGAUGCAUUGUUAGACCCCGCGGAAGGGCUGCACACACAGUAAAUUUCGGAGGGAAAAAUAACAAAGGAGCAGCCGUUUUAUCCUCCACGGGAACCGUGAGUUUCGGAGGGACGGACAAUGGAGGAGAGGCCGUUGAUCCAAGUCCGACGUCAGAAGCCGAUAGAAACAGUUUGCAUACUUUGGACGAUGACCCAAGCCUCAAUGGAUAUCAAUUUAUGUAAUUCAUGAUUUACGUGUUCUGUAUUUUAUGUUCGGAUAAUUCAACAAGGAAUUCCAUCUGUUACGCUUG